UUCAUAGAUGUGAAUAUGCUUGGGAUGCUACAGCUUCUGUACAGCUGUGAGACAUGGACACUGUACCGGAAACACAUGAAACAGCUGGAGCAAUUCCAACAACGCUCCCUCCUGUCAAUCAUGAGGAUCCGAUGGCAGGACCGAAUCACCAACCAGGAAGUCCUCGACAGAGCCAACUCCACCAGCAUCGAAGUCCUGGUCCUCAAAACCCAGCUACGAUGGUCUGGACACGUCAUCCACAUGGACCCACAGCGAAUACCAAGACAGGUAUUCUAUGGUGAACUGUCAGCUGGACUCGGGAAACAAGGUCGACCAAGGAAAAGAUUCAAGGAUCAGCUCAAGUCCAACUUGAAUUGGGCUGGCAUGACACCAAAGCAACUAGAACUCGCUGCCUCUGACAGAAGCAGCUGGAGAACCCACAUUCACCAUGACGACGCCACCUUUGAAGAUGAGCGGCGUCAACGUCUUGCUGCUGUGCGUGAACGCCGACACCAGGCCACAGCCGCACCUCCAGUAACAACUGGCGUCCCAGGCCCCAUGUGCCACAAACUGUGCGCCUCAGCCUUUGGACUCCAAAGCCACAUGAGGGUACAUCAAUAGAUGAUAAUACACAAAGUCCUUUUUGGUUACCGAGAGACUACUACUAGGGAGAGAGAGAGAAAACGAACAAAAAUGGUGUGAUUGUAGACCCUAGGGGGAGUGGUCAGUCUUUAAGGAAUGUUUGGGCCAGGGAAACUUCCUUGUAAAAGUUCCAUCCUUUCCCCUCCCCCAGAGGUAAAGCCAGUGGCCAUGUGUUUCCAAUCAGUGGCCAUGAGUUUUCAAAGUUGGGGGGCUGGGUCUUAGGGGUGCUAACUGCCUGGGGAUCCCCCAACCAGUGUCUGAGGCCAGAUUUUGAACCCAGGACCUCCCAUCUCUAGGUCAGGCUCUCAUUCCACUGAUCCUAGGUGGGAUCAGGGUUUAGAGUCCCUCAUGUGAGCUGACACCUCAGUUUCCCCCCUUGCCCCACACAGCCGGGAAGCACCCCCUGGGAUAGUUUACUGUCCAUUUGGACAGCUUGCUGAGCCCAAGUGAGAGCCAGGAGCCCAGGUCUGGGGAAGGUGCAGGCAGGCAGGGGACUGGGAAGGAUGAGGAGUUCCUGCUGGGUCCCAGAGUCACUUGGGAUUCACAUGGGGUUUUGGUGAGGCUCAUCUGUGCAAAGCUCGAGACUUGGACUCCUUUCUCCAACACCCCACCCUUACCUAAGCUAAAACAUGGGGCGGAGGGGAACCACAUGGGCUCCUGGAGGCAGGCUCAGAAAUGGAGGUGGCAGCUUCUCUGUCCUGGCAAAGGGGAGUCUGGCACAUGAAAGCAGACUGCAAAAAUCACCCUCUUCUAAUACUCAAAGAUUUUCUCCAAAGAAAAUGAAGAAUUCUUUUUCUGAUCGUGGACUCCAUUCUGCUGGAUUAAAACGAAUAGUUUCAGGUUCUUAUUUUCCAUAAAAUGUAUUAACCAUCAUUUGAAAUAGAGAAAAGCAGAUCCGCAUAGAUUUAGUCUCUUUCUUACUCUAAGUCUGGCCAUGAGUAGCUCAUCCUCUCACCUGUCUGCUCAGGGAAGUAGAGAGCCAGCUGAGCUCCACCCACACUUUUAUUUAUGUCCAUGCAAAUAGCUCUGGCCUGUGAAAAAUGGGAUGCCCUGGGUCAGCAACCCAGAGUGGGGAGAGGGUGAAACUUCCUCCACACACUUAAUUAUCAUCAUUUUCUUCACUGAAUUUUGGCAGUUUUGCCACACUUUGCUCGAGUUCACUUAGAGGCUGUUUCAACAAAUACGUUUCCAUGGAAGGUUGUGUUAAAGGGAUUUUCUUAGUCUCUCCCUGUGUCUCCCUCAGAGGCCAGAGAGCAGGUUUCUAAGUAGAUCAGAACUGACAGGAGUCAGUGAGCCAGAGCUGAAGAUUCCGUUACCAGGGAGACCAGCCUGAGGAGAGGAAGUAGCCGCCCUCUGACAGGAAGUUAGGUGGGAGAAUUCCUCAGUGAGGAGAUAAAGGAAGCAGCCACUGACAGUUGGGGCUCUGCUGGGUCUCUGUGUUUGUUCAUCCCUUUAAAGGACCACAGAAAAGGCACAGAAUACAGAAGUUCCUGCAUCAGGAGGGGGAAGCUCUGGACCAGAAGCUAUGAUAGGGCUUUACCCUCCCCAGAGGAGAGAAUGGGCUCCCACCUUCCUCCCCCCUUCUCUGCCAGGCUGGGGGGUGCAGUCACUGGGUGGGGGGCGGGGCUGGUCCAGGCCUGUCCCCAAAGGUCCAAGGGGAGAAGCAGCCAACCUGAGCCUGGCUGGAAUGGGGGUGGGGGGUGGGGGGUGGAUGCCGGUGCCCACAGGCCAUGGAAGGAGCUCUGAUCUCUGGCACAGAACAAAUGCCAACAUGUUUGCCCCCAACCCCCACCUGAUGCCUGUCUCCCCAUCCAGCGUCUCCUGCUCCCCACCUUUACCCAGUAACCUCUCCUAGGAAUCUCCCUCAAUCCACUCUGUGCACCCAAAGCAGUUUCUGAAUGGAAUGAAGCCAGAGAGAGCAGCAGAGGGGGUGGGGAGGCUUCUUCCUGACUAGUCCAAGGUCCUUUCCUAGCCUGAGGCUCCCUGUCCCCUCCUGUGGGGAGAGUCUCCUCUGAGGCCAGGGAAGAGCCCUGGGAGCUCCUCUGAGUCCUCCCCUCUCUAAUUCCCCACAGGUGUGCGAAGAGGAAGUCUCCCCACCCUGGGGCUCCCACCCCCUGAAGGAUCACAGUCUGGCCCAAGCUGAGGCCCUGGAGCCAGAGGGAUGGCCCCCAAGACCCUGAGGCGCCUUUCCCAGGGGUCAAUAACAUUCAAGGAUGUGGCUGUGGACUUCACCCAGGAAGAGUGGUGCCUGUUGGACCCUUCUCAGAAAGACCUAUACAGGGAGGUCAUGCUGGAAAAUGUGCAGAAUAUACUCUUUGUGGAGGCAGAGACUAAUUUUGAAGCAAAAGAGAUAUCUACAAAGCUGAGCCUUUGUGUGGAAGAAUCUGGCCCUCCAAGAGGCAUGAAUAAGGGUCCCUGUGACUUCCUUUUGAGAGAAAACUGUGACUCUAAUAUCAAGGUAAAUAAAAAUCCAAAGAGUAACUGUGCAUUUCAUGAAGUUGCAGAGAAAUUCAGCCAACAUUCAGUCCUAAAUCAGUAUGUGAAAUUGACCUCAGGAAAUGAUUAUUGUCUGGAUAGUGAAUCCACCAAAUGCUUUCCUGAAAAAGUAGGAUUCAAUCAAUUGCAUGGGAAGGCUCCUGAAAUGUCCAUGUAUCAAGAUAACCUUGGGAGGAUCACCUAUGGCUCGAGUUUAGAUCUCACAAAACAUUCAAAAAGUAAACAUGUAGAGAUGCUUUCUGUGAGUAAUAAAGGUGGAAGACCUUUCAUUCAGAUCCCCAAGUUUGGUUCAUAUGAAAUAAUCCACUCUGGAGAAAGACCUUAUCAAUGUAAAGAAUGUGGAAAGGAUUUCACACAGAAGGGUCAUCUUGUUAGACAUCAGAGAACCCACACUGGAGAGAAACCUUAUGAAUGUACACAGUGUGGAAUGGCUUUCAUAGAGAGGGGCAAGCUUGCUGCACAUGAGAGAAUCCACACUGGAGAGAAACCUUAUGAAUGUACACAUUGUGGAAAGGCUUUCACACGGAAGGGCUAUCUUGCUGAACAUCAGAGAAUCCACACUGGAGAGAAACCUUAUGAAUGUACACAUUGUGGAAAGGCUUUCACACGGAGGGGCUAUCUUGCUGAACAUCAGAGAAUCCACACUGGAGAGAAACCUUAUCAAUGUACACAGUGUGGAAAGGCUUUCACAGACAGGAGUUCUCUUGUUAAACAUCAGAGAAUGCACACUGGAGAGAAACUUUAUGAAUGUACACAGUGUGGAAAGGCUUUCACACAGAGGGUCAAGCUUGCUGCACAUCAGAGAAUGCACAUUGGAGAGAAACCUUAUGAAUGUACACAGUGUGGAAAGGCUUUCACACGGAAGGGCUAUCUUACUGCACAUCAGAGAAUCCACUCUGGAGAGAAACCUUAUGAAUGUACACAAUGUGGGAAAGGUUUCAUAUACAGGAUGAGUCUUACUGUACAUCAAAGAAUCCACACUGGAGAGAAACCUUAUGAAUGUACACAGUGUGGAAUGGCUUUCAUAGAGAGGGGCAAGCUUGCUGCACAUGAGAGAAUCCACACUGGAGAGAAACCUUAUGAAUGUACACAUUGUGGAAAGGCUUUCACACGGAAGGGCUAUCUUGCUGAACAUCAGAGAAGUCACACUGGAGAGAAACCUUAUGAAUGUACACAUUGUGGAAAGGCUUUCACACGGAGGGGCUAUCUUGCUGAACAUCAGAGAAUCCACACUGGAGAGAAACCUUAUCAAUGUACACAGUGUGGAAAGGCUUUCACAGACAGGAGUUCUCUUGUUAAACAUCAGAGAAUGCACACUGGAGAGAAACUUUAUGAAUGUACACAGUGUGGAAAGGCUUUCACACAGAGGGUCAAGCUUGCUGCACAUCAGAGAAUGCACAUUGGAGAGAAACCUUAUGAAUGUACACAGUGUGGAAAGGCUUUCACACGGAAGGGCUAUCUUACUGCACAUCAGAGAAUCCACUCUGGAGAGAAACCUUAUGAAUGUACACAAUGUGGGAAAGGUUUCAUAUACAGGAUGAGUCUUACUGUACAUCAAAGAAUCCACACUGGAGAGAAACCUUAUGAAUGUACACAGUGUGGAAAGGCUUUCACAGAGAGGAGUUAUCUUGUUAAACAUCAGAGAAUCCAUACUGGAGAGAAACCUUAUGAAUGUACAGAGUGUGAAAAGGCUUUCACACAGAGGGUUAAUCUUGUUAAACAUCAGAGAAUCCACACUGGAGAGAAACCUUAUGAAUGUACAUAAUGUGGAAAGACUUUAACACAGAGGGUCAAUCUUGUUAAACGUUAGAGAAUACACACUGGAGAGAAACCUUAUGAAUGUACACAGUUUGGAAUGGCUUUCACAGAGAGGGUCAAUCUUGUUAAACAUCACAGAAUCCACACUGGAGAGAAACCUUAUGAAUGUACACAGUGUGGAAAGGCUUUCACAUGGAAGGGCUAUCUUGCUGCACAUGAGAGAAUCCACACUGGAGAGAAACCUUAUGAAUGUACACAAUGUGGAAAGGUUUUUACACGGAGGAGUUAUCUGGUUAUACAUUAGAGAAUCCACACUGGUGAGAAUCCUUUUGAAUAUAAUAAAUUCAGAUAGCCUUUCUCAUAAUGCUCCACAAUUGCUUCAUGUCAGAAAUUCCCUACUGGAGAGAAACCUCAUGAAUGAGGCUAAGCUUACAGUUGCCACUUUUAGCUUAUUUAACAGAAGAGGAUCCACACUAGGAAGAAACUUUUGGAAUAUGAUCAAUGUGAUUAGGCCUUUCUCUUUUUCCCAAGCAAGAAUUCCUGUUGGACAGAAAUCUUAUUCCUGUCAUGAAUGAAGAAAGACAUUGAAAUGGAGAGUUCAGAGCUUGUUCAGUAGGUGAAAAUGUCUUCUGAACAGAUUGGUUCCAGAUGGAUUCCCUGUAGGAAGGCUUUCAGCCAGAGUUCAUCUCUUAUUUCAUGUCAGAGGAUUCAUAGUUCAACAAAACCUAAUGACUAUGCUCGAGUUUAUGUGUUUUCCUCAGAAGGAGGGUGAUCACUCUCAUUUGGAGAAGUGCAAAUGAUAACAAGUCUGAGGGACCAGCCCACAUCUAUUAGAUUGUUUUUUAGGACAGAAAAGGAAAGUGACAAAACUUGGAGGAGAUGUGGGAAAACUGAAAAAAGGAAUAAACUUUAGGGGUUGUUGUGAACUAAUUCAACUAUUCUGGAGAAGGCAAUUUGGAACUAUGUACAAAAGGAAUUAUAAAACAAAAUGGAAAAAUACCUACAUAUAUUAAAAAUAUAAAAUACUAAAACGUACUCUUUUCAGGGUGACAAAAAUAUUGGAAAUUAAGAGGAAACUCAUCCAUUGGGAAAUGGCUGAGCAAAUGGUGGCAUCUGAUUGUAAUGGAAUCCUAUUGUUUUAUCAUUUAUGUGGAGAAGGAGUUUCAAAAAACCUGGAAAGACUUGAGAGCUGAUAUAGAUUUUUUCAUGUAAUAUAAUCAAAAUUAUACAUUUUAUACUUUGUAAUGUUCCCUUUCUCUUGUUCUUAAAUUUCUUUCUUUUCCCAUAUAUCUGACAGGUAUACUAUUUCAAGUUCUUCUAAUUUACUUAUAAUAUUUCUCUUCAUGUUUCAGUCAUAUACCCAUUGUGAACUUAUCCUGGCAUAAGAUAUGAGAAAUUAAUCUAAUCCUAAAUUUUCCCGUACUGUUUUCCAAUUUUCCCAGCAGUUUUUGUCAAAGACCCGAAAAGCUGGGGUCUUUGGGUUUAUAAAACACUUGCUUGCUGAGGUCAUUUACCCCUAUUCUAUUCCAUUGAUCUACCAUUCUGUCUCUUAGCCAGGACCAUAUUGUUUUGAUGAUCUUUGUUUUUUAGUUCAAUUUAAGAUCUGGUACUGCUAAGCCCCCAUCCUUCACAUUUUUUCAUUAGUUCCCUUGAUAUUCUAAAUCUUUUGUUCUUCCAGCUGAAUUUUGUUAUAUUUUUUUCUAAUUCUUUAAAAAAAAAGGUUUUUGGUAGUUUGAUAGGCAUAGUACUGAAUAAGCAAGUUAAUUUGGAUAGGAUUGUCAUUUUUAAUAUAUUAGUUUAUCCUACUCAUGAACAAUUAAUGUUUUUCCAAUUGCUUAGACCUAGUUUUAUUUGUGUGAAAAUUGUUUUGUAGUUGUGUUUAUAUAAUUGCUGAGUUUUGGCAAAUCUUGGCAAAAACAUUCCCAAAUAUGGUCUAAAGUGUAUGUAAAUGGAAUUUCUCUUCCUAACUCUUGCUGAUGAUUUUUGUUGAAAAUAUAUAAAAAUGCUGAUCAUUUAUGUGGGGUUAUUUUGUAAUGUAUAAUUAGGAUUUGCUCCCCAGAACACCAAAUCCCUAGCUUCUCACUUUCCUUUUCACGUUAUAUCCUUACAUUUUGGAGACAACAUUUGUGUGUUACUUUUGCUCUUCUCUCUGUGAUCGUUGCUACAGAUGCAGGCUUUAUGCCAAGCAGGAGAAUCUACACACAUGGGCUUACUUUUUGUUAGAUAAUUAGAUUUGAAUUUCUAUUUCUUUUAGUUUGUUUUCUUUCUACUUCAAGUGAUUAUUAAUAAACUUUAUAAAAUAUAAUACUUGGAGUUAUUGGAUAUUAAUUUAAAUUUUAUAUUGUGGCGACCAGAAGUCAGGAGUUUAGAAACCUUGCUCCUCUCUAAAUUGGUAGAGCAAUUUUUUAACUAGAUAAAAAGACAGAUUAAUUUUAAAUGCCUCCACUGCCCUCCCUGCUCCUCUACCUGCUGCUGUUGUUCGUGCUGCUUCUGUUGCUGUGAACCUGCCUUGGCUUUUCUUGAGCACACUGGCUGGGUGUCCUUGAGAACUGUUUUCUGAGAGGAGGUUGAUGUAUUAAAUCCCCCUUUCCUUUGCAUUGCCAAUACCUGAGUGCUUGCUGCUGGCUUGAAAACAUAGGUGUUUCUUUUAGGCAACAAUUAGCCUCCUAUAGACUUUUACCUGAGGAAAUGCUCCCACUCUCUUAACUCCUUGCCUACAUAGUUGGGAAGAGCUAUCAAGGGGAGCAGCAGUCCCUGCCCAUAUGACAGUGGAAGCAAGUGGCUCCCUGGCAUUUUUACCCCUGGGGGGAGGGGAAGGAAAGUUAUUCUUCCGAACAUCUUAACUUUAGCCAGUGCACACUAAGGUAAUGCCACCUGUGGACAGGAAGUAGAAUUGCAAGUAUUGUGUACUCUUGAAAGAGCAGAACCUCACCAAAAUUUUAGGAUGUCUUUUCCUGCUGCAGUUCCCUGUUGUACUGACUGGAUGCCUUGCUGUUAGCUUGUAUAAUCACAAGAUUCAGAGGGGAGAUUCAUCUCUCUACCACCCUACCCCCCUUGCCAUUGUGUCCUGCCAGGUUUCUGCAAUACAUCCAAUAUGAGGUUCACCCAAACUAAGCCCAGUGUGGGUAUGGGGAACCCCAGAAAUGUGACCUGUUUUUCUUAAUUUCUCCCUUUUAUAUUUAAGAGACAAGGGAGCAAAAAGAUUUCUGACAAAAUACCCCCUUCUGGAAAACGGUUAGUUGGUGACAGAGUGUGUGGCAGAGAGAUAGUCAAUUACAGCUGGCAGUUGGAAAAGGGGAUUUUGGGUUCUGGAUCUCCUGGGGAGAGGAGUGUGUGUGACUCAUUCUCUCUGGGACUAUUGGAGUCAGAAAAAUGGGGUUAAGGCCUUAAGAGCCUUAUUAUCAAUUAUCUUGGGUAUAUAGUGUGAACUUUAAAUUAUUCCACCCUACUUAGAUCUUACUUUAUGGGGAAGAUAAAGUUGUAAUCUCCUGAUUUAACAAUGAAGGUACUUACCUCUUACCUUAUAGUGAAGCUAGAACUUUAAGCUAAGUCUAUUUUUAGAUCUUACUACAAGAAGGUGUUAAGAAACUAUAAAGGGUAAAUUAAUCACAAAAAGGUUAACACAGGUUGGUCUUCUGGGAGUUGGCAGGAGUUGGUGGUGGUUGGUGGUGGUUUGUUGCUGUGGGAGUUUGAAAGAGACACACUUGGCCGUGAAACUCGACCCUGGAGUAGUUCAUGCAGGAGAUCUCAGACUGCUUUCCUUUUAUAACUGUCACCAAGGUGAGUAUAAAGACUGACUUCCUUCCUUGUCCUUUCUGGAGAUGUGAGCCUCCAGGAAAGGCCCAGCUUCUUGAGACCCCUUUCCCCUGGCUGGGACCGUAGAAUUGCUACCUGGGUCAGAGGAAGCUGGAGCUCACUCGCUUGCUCUCUCUGUCUCUCUAUCUCUGUCUUCCCCCCACACACACACUUUUCUCUCUUCCUUAAUAUCUUCCCUCUAUUGUAAAAUAAACUUCCAUAAAUUCCAUUUGACUGUAGUAAUUCAUUUUGGGGAUUUAUAAAUUAAAUCCCUGGUGACCAAUUAAAUAUUCAGUCCAACCAUAAAUUUAACACAUCCAAGGACCAA